GCAGGAGAUGGGGCACAGUCAGGGCCAGGGAGGAGCAGAAUCCUCAGAGGAAGAUGUGGAUCCUCUCCCAGACAGCCGGGAGGCAGGUGGGACACAGGGAGGAGCAGAUCCUCACUCAGACAAAGAUGGGGAUCCUGCCCUGGGUGGAGGGAGGAGCAGCAUCCUCACUCAGCCAAAGAUGGGGAUCCUCUUGGGACGGCCUGGAGGCAGAUGGGGCACAGGGAGGAGCAGAAUCCUCAGAGGAAGACGCGGAUCCUCCCUCAGACAAAGAUGUGGAUCCUCCCUCAGACAAAGAUGUGGAUCCUCCCUCAGACAAAGAUGCGGAUCCUCCCUCAGAGGAAGACGCGGAUCCUCCCUCAGACGAAGAUGUGGAUUCCCCCUCAGACGAAGAUGUGGAUCCUCCCUCAAAGAUGUGGAUCCUCCUCCCUCAGACGAAGAUGUGGAUCCUCCCUCAGACGAAGAUUGGAUUCUCCCUCAGACAAAGAUGUGGAUCCUCCCUCAAAGAUGUGGAUCCUCCCUCAGAGGAAGAUGCGGAUCCUCCCUCAGACGAAGAUGGGGAUCCUCUCCUGGAUGGCCUGUCAGCAGAUGGGGCACAGGGAGGAGCAGAAUCCUCCCUCAGACGAAGAUGUGGAUCCUCCCCUGGGUGGAGGGAGGAGCAGAUCCUCCCUCAGACGAAGAUGCAGAUCCUCCCUCAGACGAAGAUGAGGAUCCUCCCUCAGACAAAGACUGGAUCCUCCCUCAGAGGAAGAGGCGGAUCCUCCCUCAGAGAAAGAUGUGGAUCUUCCCUCAGACAAAGACGCAGAUCCUCCCUCAAAGAUGUGGAUCCUCCCUCAGAGGAAGAGGCGGAUCCUCCCUCAGACGAAGAUGUGGAUCCUCCCUCAAAGAUGCAGAUCCUCCCUCAGACGAAGAUGUGGAUCCUCUCGCGGAUGGCCUGGCGGCAGAUGGGGCACACGGUCAGCGCCGUGCUGCAGUCCGGGCAGGAGCCGUGCCCGCACUGGAACACCAGCUUGAUCUGGUCGUCGAUGCAGAUGGGGCAGGUGAUCCUCUCCUCCAUCUGCCGGUAGCGGCUCUGCAGCU